GUCUUACCAGGCGGGGUGAUCCCGAUGCUACUACCACCCAAACGAGCUUAGGUAGGUACCUACCUCUUAGACUACCCAAAUUAUGUAAUAUGGAACAAACCUAGCUUCCUCCAUGUCAACAUGAUCCAUCAAAGUCGACAUUACCUAUUUUUAAUACGAAAUCAUAAUGUCUUGGGAUUCUAAAUCUACCGUUAGACGACGGCAAAAUAGCUCUGUGAGCUCUUCUAAAUCACUACCACACCAUAUAAAACAACAGUCGAAGCAACCUCUACAGCCAAAAUCUCCUCAUGUUACCGAUCCAUUCCUCCAAAGCUUCCUCGCCCCAUCGUUCGAUCCGGCCGAGUAUCUUAAUUCUUCGCUUCCAACACUCCAAACUACGACGACUUCAUCCUCAACUCGAACAACCGAUGGUGCGGUUCCCUUAGCAGAACUAUCUAGCCAAGCUCAGACACAACUCUCCCAAUUGAAUGCCCAUACAACAAGGUUGACUACUAUUCUCACGCAAUUAACCGAUGAUAUACUGCGGAGCGGGAGCCGCCUGGCAUACGAGGUUGAACUCCUGCGCGGCGAAACGUUAAGCCUAUCGGAGACAUUGUCAGAUGGUUUACACGAAGAAAUUGCGAGGUUCAUUCCGAAAGGCACACAAGAACAAACAGAUACCAAGACAAAUGGGGUUGUUACGGCUACUGAGAGACGAACGCCAGAGGCGACAGCACCCACAAACCUAGAAUAUAUUCCACAAAACGGCACCGGUCUGGACCCGCCAUAUAUAAGUCAACUACAAACCCUAACAUUAGUACGCUCACGAUUGGACACCGUGGUCAAAACGUUUGGCGAAGCUAUGGAAUUCGUGUUCCCGCCUUCCGAACUUUCCGUCAGCUCAUCAUUCCUCUCUGUCUCGGCACCGGAGCCAGGAGUAGAAGCGCACAGCACAGAAGAAAAAGGACAACAAGUACUCAAGCAGCUGAAGGAAGAUAUAUCUACCUUGCUCACGAGAAAUGCUGAUCCUGUCGAGGGGAUAGAGAAGGCCGCACGCCGUAUCGAAGAGCUUAAGGAGCUAUCAAAGGUAUGGAAUGGGACAGCAGAGGAGAAAGGAAGGACAAAAUUUAUUGAAGGUCUGGCUAAAAUGGUCGAGGAUCGACACAAGGAAUUACUGAAGGAGGUGGAGCAGAAUGACCGCCACGAUGGCAAGGCAGACUUGGAUAACAGCUCUAAAAAAGCUGCUACUGCUAGCUCCGACGGAGGCGGCGCGGAGAACAAACCGCUGUAUGGAAUAAUGAGUCAGUUACAGAGGCUCCGGGCUGGCCUACAAUGAUUCAAAAGGUCAAACCUCAAGUGUGUAGCAUUUGAUUGUGACUUGAGCUAUGUGGGUAUGCGCGGAUGACUGAAUUUGUGUAAUAAUGUUGCAGUAGCCGAUCAGAGCCUAUAUUGCUCAUUGGUGUGAAACAGUUGUGAGUAGGCUGUUUGCUACUACUUGUAGGUUUUCCACGAGUUGUAAUAGGUAAGUUACAUGCUUCCCAUGUCUUUAAGAUACGGCCGUCCAACACAGCCAUUAAAGUCCGCCCCAACUCUGUCC